AUGAGUCAAGUCAACAAGAGUGGAAAUGCAAAGAUAUUGGCUGUUCAACAGCAGAUUGACAGUACUAAAGGCCAAAUACAAGAAACGAUCCAAGCGUUAGCCGCAGAAGGACAGAAGUUAAAGGAUUUGGAGGAACAGACAGCAAUGCUUCAUGGGAGUGCUGGUGCUUUCGUGUCUACAUCUAAAAAAGUUAAAAAGAGAAUGUGGUGGAAGAAUACGAAAAUGACUAUUGUCUUAACGAUUUUCAUAAUCGCAAUCCUUACUGCAAUCAUUAUUCCUGCCGUGUUAAAAGCUCAAGGAAAAAUCUGA